CCGUCUUCCUUCAAUAACCAUCCGCUUCUGCAACUGCGAAGGCACACAACACACCAAAAAAAUGAAUCAGCGACGCGCCACCAUUUCACUCUUCAACUCCUUCCUCCGAAUCAGAUACCCUCUUCGUCCAUCUACAACAACGCUUACUUCGCCACUUCCCUUCGUAACUAAUUCAACCUCAAAGCCCCAAUCUAUCCGCACGAUCGCACCUAUGGUUUGGCAAAAUCCUCGAAGUUACAGCGGUGGCAGUUGCAAUGACUUGGAUCACAACAAGGAGGUGGACGCCAUCAAUCUCAAGUUUGCGGAAGCCAGGGAAGAAAUCGAGACGGCGUUGGAGUCCAAGGAAACCGUCUACUUCGAUGAAGAAGCCGAGUGCGCACGCGCCGCCGUCAAAGAAGUCCUCGGCAUGUUCGAUGGCUUGUUGGCCAGGUUGUCGGAGAAGGAGAAGGGGGCUCUGCAGAGGUCCAUGGGUCUCAAGAUUGAGCAACUGAAAGCAGAGCUGAAACAAUUGGAUGAGUAACAUAGUAAGAGGUUUUCUUGUUCCAUUAUGGGAUGCUGCUACUAGUUAAAACUUAAUAGAGUUUUUGUGAUCGGAAUUCCAAAAUUGUAGCUGAAGUAAUGUUUCUUAGUAUGAUGUAGUUUUUGAAUAAAUUGAUCAAAAUCCGGCUCCUCCACACGAGUUGUUUGUGAGGGGGAUGAUGGAGGUUCUUUGCAUUUAAAGGACCAUUGUUAUUCUUUUUGAAUAUUGACAUUGUAUUCGCAUCUGUACUUGUAUUAUUAGUAUGAUGAUAUGAGCUUCAUUUAACAUUAUAUAUAAACUCAGUUUAGAUGAA